AUGCACGACUUCUUAAAUAGGCCAGACAGUCUAAAUGCACUCUGUCACUUCCUGAUCCACCCUACCAAACGACACUGUCACGAGGAACCAGAUGUGAUAUUAUGCACCCCAAUGUAUUCGAUAUCGGGUUGCAAGGCCAAUGACGGCAAAGGAAUGAGCACACUGGUGGGCUACGACAUCAAUCUCUAUCCAGCCUAUGUACUCGGUUUCUCCGGAAACGGUGUCCGAGUGGCCAUUGUGGAUGACGGUUUGGACUAUGAUCAUUGCGAUUUGAAGGACAACUACGAUUCGGAAAUUUCCACUAAUCUGGUCGAUCCAGAAGGUGGGAAAAAUUAUCCCAUUCCACGGGGUAAAACAAUUCCAAAGUCUCAGGGGCAUGGAACGCAAUGUGCAGGUUUGGUCGCAGCUGUUGCCAAUAACGAAUACUGUUCUCACGGCGUAUCCCACAAAGCGAGAAUAGGCGGGAUUCGAGUUCUGGGAGAACGUGUGACCGAUUCGUUGGAAGCUCAAGCUUUUUCUCAUGCAUGGAACAAGGUGGAUAUUUACUGCGCAUCAUGGGGUCCCACAGAUGAUGGGAUGACCAUGGACAUGCCCCGUAAACUUGCCCUAUCCGCAAUCAGAAAAGUCUGGCGAGAGGGACGCAAAGGAAAAGGUACACUCUAUGUAUUUGCCUCCGGAAACGGUGGCGCAUUUAAUGACAGUUGUGGAGCGGAUGGAUUUGUCGGUCAGCCGGAAAUCAUUUCAGUUGGAGCCUUGGAUGAGACCGGAUCUAGGGCUGCCUAUGCCGAAUCUUGUGCCAGUCUUCGUUGUGCUGUCCCUGUGGGAAGUUUGGAGCGUGGAGGAAACAUUUUGGUGAGCGCUGCGAACUUCGGUUUCCCAUCAAAUUAA